GCUUUUUGAUUCUAUCAGAAAAGUUAAAAGAUGUUCAAGUUAUUGUCAAUCCAAAUUAUAGUGAAUAUAUUUCUGAACGGUUCAGAGAUUGCGCGAAUUUUGUUGUUGUUGUUGUUGUUGCCGUGUUAUCACCCCCAAUAGCUUGCUUGGCAAGCGUUUCUGUGUGUUUUGAAGGCGAAGAAAUAAGAAGGUAAUUACUUUUUUUUACAAUAAAAGGGGGGAGGAGUUCAUCCUUCCCCUUCUUCUAUUUGCGCACGCUCUAUUUUUCGCUCGUCCAAUCGUCAAAAAAAAAAAAAACCUCGUUCUCUUCUUGUGUGAAAGCUACCCAAUGUUUUCUCGUCCCUGCUAUUUAUCAAAAAGCCUUGCAUGUUUUUUUAGGAUGCUUUAUUCCUUGUGAAUGUGUAAAAAAAAAAAGCCAAUAACCAUGCGCGGGGUCUGGUAACCCAACACAGGAAACCCGGUCAAAGACUAAUCUGCAAAAUGUAUCUCGUUCACAAGGCCGAGUAUAAUUCGGGGGUAUAUCAACCCAAUCAGAUAUAUCAGUAUAUCUGCCGAAAAGUUGUACAUUGUUACUUCUUUUAACAAUUUUGUGAAAAAAUAUUUUGGUAAAGUUUUGAAAAAAGUUUGGUAAAAUUAAAUGAUGUAAUUUCUACAUUAAUUUCAAAUUAUUUCUAAAGUUUUUUUUAAAGAGAAAGAGAAUUUUUUAAGCUUAUAGAAUUAGUUUUUUUUAUCUAAAAUCGACUACCAGUCUUUGGUGAAUUAUCGUAUUAGCUAGCUAUUAGAUAGAAUGGUUGUCAAGUGUUAUUUUACAAUUACUUUAAACAAAAGCUUGCCCCUAAGCGGAUAUUAGCAUACAAUUGGUUUUCUUAGUAAACUCAUUUGUCUACUUUGCUCGUGUUUGUUCGUCAGAAGCUAGAAGUGGAGCUGUUAGAACACACUGAUACAGCUGCCGUAAACCUAUCACUCAUGAUAACAACAUGGCCCUUCUCACAAUCUUUCUACGUUCUCUCCUAUUUAUUGCCUACCUCAGCAUAGGAAUGGUGACUUUUAUGCGGCUCGAAGGGGAUAACCAACUAUCGGAGCAGAAAAAAAAGGAACAUAUGCAAGAAAAGUUGAUGAAAAACAUGACUACACAGUUCAACAUGUCCAAAGAGGAGUUUUCCCAGUUUGUGUCAAUCGCUGUCCAGGCGCAUGCAAAUCCUUCAGUUGAAUGGGAUCCAUUCAAUACGUUCGAGUUCACCUUGCAAACCGUUACAACAAUCGGUUACGGGACAAUUACCCCUAAAACAGAUGGUGGACGUCUUUUGUGCAUCUUCUACGCGCUAUUCGGGAUCCCUGUGGCAGCGCUGCUUCUUCAGGCCCUGGGUAAAUCCCAUCAUGCUCUUGUAUCAGCGACUAUUAAAGCCGUAGAAUCGAAAUGCACGUCGGGAAAAGAGGUGGUGUACCAGGAGGAAAAAUGCGUGCUGGGAACUUUGAUCAGUUUCAUCUUCAUGAUCUGCAUAGGGGCUUGGAUAUACACCAAUGAGGAGGGCACAUAUCUUGAAGGGACGUACGCUUGGUUCAUAACUUUUACCACCAUCGGAUAUGGGGAUAUAGUCCCCGGAGGGCACUCUAAAAAUCCGGGGUAUAUCUGGGUGCGUCUCAUUGUUAUAAUGCUGGGCCUCACCGUCACUGCAAGCGUGUUAACUGCAAUAAGCUCUUGCUUAGAGAAAAGGGAUGUUAAGGCCUUGACGUGUUCGGGUUGUCCCGCGGGAUGUCUCGUAAAAUUGGGUUGUCCCGCGGGACGAUGCUAUGGUCACUCGGUUGGCUCGCCUGGUACCUAUCGCUCGGAUCCCGUUUUCGAGUUGGAUAACAGUGGAAGAAUCCAAGAGGACGAAGAAAAGAAUGCAUGAAUGGCUCAUAAUAGGAUUGUGUAUUCCUGUGUAUAGUUUACGCAUGGCAUGAAAUUAUCAUUUCUAAGAAUAUAUUUCUAAGAAACUAUCAUACUACCAAACUAUAAUAGUUCAGCACAUGAAGUCCUUGUACAAAGCUAUGUAUAUAUAUAGUAUAACUAGAAAGACUAAAGACAAGCUGUAGAAAAACUAGAUGGUCUGCAUAGGCGUGGUGUAGACAAGGUAUAAAUCAACACAAGUUUGAUUAGGUAUAUGAAAUAGAGUAGUCGCGCUGACGUUUCGAGCGUUAGCCCUUCGUCGGAGCUCGAACGUCAGCGCAACUACUGAUUCACAGAGGCGUUUAACAUAACUUUUCAACCGUGUGUUGAUUUAUACCAUGUAUAUACAUAUAUAAGCUUCGAUGGAAAUAAUUAUUUGUAAAGUAUUCGUUCACUUCGCGAAAAAAUACCAAAAAAAGAUAUCUAUAUGGAUGACGCACCGUGAGUGGUUGGGGAGGGGACACUUAUGUACUUAUGCGUGUGUCCAUAACUUUGGAAUUUCUGCAGGAAGCCCAACAGCAGGUAACCCGAUGAAAACGCCUGGUACUUGGCUUUGAAGCUUUGCCUUGGGGGGAGGGGGGUAUAAAAGUAGAUAACUGCAUAACAUUCCCUUAGGGGUGUUCAAAAUUUUCCGCUUCUGCUACCCCUUAUGCUAGUGGACCAUCACAUCGUAACUAACUGGACACGAAUGUAGUCAGAAAAGAGACGUGUUCGAUGGGGGCGUCUUAGUAGCGCAAUCCAAUGAAAUUGAAACUGUGUUUGUUUUUAUUGAUAAAAGCUUAAAAUUGCUUCGAUUAGUACUUACCCACUUACAAGAACCUGCAACCUAAAAAGAUAAAUCCAAACCACAUUUACAUAAGAACUUGUAUUUAGCCUAAAAUUUUGAAGGCUUAUAGAAAUUAACCUUAAAAAUUCUUCAUGCAAAAAAAGAAAUCAGAACCUGCUUGCAGCGUUAAAUUCCACUUAGCAUUAUACAUAAGAAGCUGUUGGUUCUUAAAAGCGGGUAAUAUUGUUUUUUCACAUACGGUCACUGAAAAAUCAUGCCAGACAUGCUUUUAAUUUGAACAAAAAGGUGGUGUCAGACACUUUACAUAAAUUCCAACAAAACCUCCUGCAAUUUAUAUGAAUGGGUAUCAAAAUCUUAUACUAGGACAUUUUAAAGUCUGCAGCAAUAGCUUGGUAUCAUUAAAAAGGUAAAUAUGUCAGUCAUUAUGUUAGAUGUUUCCUUUAAAAUAUAAUUAUUGGAAUCAAUCAAUAUCUUUAUUGAAAUAAAAAGGCCCUGUUUUUCUGA